CAGCAGCAGCAGCGUUGGCGCCGUUACGGCAAACAGCGGCAACGGCUCUGGCCGCGGUCCUGAUGCUCGCUUCGACCGAACAGGAUAUCAUGACCGCCAUGAUGGGGCUCGAUCCCUCCCUGGCGACGUCCACCGCAGCGCAACCCGCCAUGACCUUGCCCAAAGAGGAGGGUCCACAGGCAAAGGGUGGAAAGGCGCCGUCGAUGGGUUCGAUAGAUGUACAGGGUCAAGGGGACGCUCUCGGGGAGAUCGCCGGGGGCCCCGGCGGCGGCUUCAAGAACGGGCGGCUUAUGGUGGACCAGGAUUCGGACCUGGCCAUGAUGCUGGGCAAGAAGAUGAAGACACCGGACGCCGACCCGUUGACGCACUGAUGAUUUUUUGUCUUGGUUUCUGUGUGGAGAGCCUGGAUGAUGUGUCUUGAUUUUUGGUGUGGAAAAGCCUGUGACCAAGUCCGGGCGAUUUUGACGGAGUACGCGGCUGGGUUUGUUGUUCCCGUUGGGCAUCGUGCCUUUGAUUUUGCGUCUGCAUCACGACCUGAUCUUUCGCUUAUCCUACCAUCUCCAUACACUUGUCCAGCGUUCUUGGGAAGGGAGACCUCGGCCAGGAAUCGGUGGAACAAGGGGUACACCAACGUGGGUGCUUUCAGUCUUCGGCCUACAGGGUGACCAGUCGCCCCCCCCCCCUCCUUG